AUGGCAAACAAAGGCAAUCAAAAUGGUAGUGCAUCUAAGGAUUCCGCGUAUACUAUCAUAGAGCAACCACUUGGCUCCACGAGCGCUGUGAAGAUCAUCACUAUUGGAGCUGGAGCGAGCGGACUGAACAUGAUACGAACACUUCGCAACAAUAUUCCUCUGGCCGAAAAUGUUGUUUACGAAAAGAAUCCUGAUAUUGGCGGAACAUGGUUCGAGAAUCGGUAUCCGGGCUGCCAAUGCGACAUUCCGUCUCACAAUUAUCAAUUUUCCUGGGCAACCAAUCCCACCUGGAGCAAGUUUUACUCCCCUGCACCGGAGAUUCAUCAAUACUUAAAAGAUUUGGCUAUGAAAGAGGGACUUUAUGAUUCAAUCAAGCUCAAUCAUCAAGUUGAACAUGCCGAAUGGAAUGAAGAGGAAGGUAUGUGGCAUGUUCGAGUAAGAGAUCUUGAAACCGAUGCUCUGACGCUCGACUCCGCCCAUUUUCUUCUUGAUGGUUCGGGAAUUCUCAACAAUUGGAAGUGGCCAGACAUCCCGGGCCUAGACAAGUUCCAGGGUGACUUGGUCCAUAGUGCGAACUGGAAUGAUGAUUUUGUCUACAAGGACAAGAGAGUCGCUGUUAUAGGCAACGGCUCCUCUGGCGUCCAAAUUGUUCCUGCAAUGCAACCAGAUGUCGAAACACUCGUCCAUUUCUUUCGCUCUCCUACAUGGAUAGCACCAGGAGGCAUAGAAAGAAUGUCCACUAGCACAGCUGGCGAUGUUAUUUCACAGCUGAAAUUAGACGGCGAAGUUUUCACAGCUGCUCAAAUUGAAAAUUUCAAAAACGAUAAAGAACUAUACAAGAGGUUUGUUAAGGCUACAGAAGAGGUAGUAAAUAAUAAAUUCGACUACUUGGUGAAUUCAAAAGCAAUCGCGCCGGUCAUAAAAGAAUCAAUGACCAAAUAUAUGCACGGAGCUCUGAAAGACAACGAGAAGCUUAUAGAAAAGCUGGUACCCGACUUCCCAUUUGGAUGUCGCCGAAUCACUCCAAGCCCAGCCUACUUAGCAGCAUUUCAUAAGAGCAAUGUGAAAGUAGUCACAGAUGAAAUCAAAUCCGUAUAUGAGAAGGGCCUCAUCACGACAGAAAACGAGAAGAUCGAGGUCGAUGCCAUUGUAUGCGCAACUGGAUUUGAUGUUUCGUUCUGUCCAAGGUUCCCAAUAAUCGGCAGAAAGGGCAAUCUGCAGGAUAUCUGGACUCGGGAAUUGCCAUCAUCCUAUAUGUCUAUGGCAGUUCCUGGUAUGCCAAAUUAUUUUACAUUCCUGGGACCAAACGCUCCUAUCGGACACGGCAGUGUGCUUACUAUCACUGAACUUGCGUCCAAAUAUAUCACUAGAAUCAUUCAGAAAUGCCAGGAAGAGUGCAUCAAGUCGAUUGUUCCGAAGCAGAAAGCGGUGGAUGACCUUGCCGAUCACAUUGCAGCUUUUAUGCCGCGGACAGCUUGGGCGGGAAGCUGUCGUUCGUGGUUCAAGAAUGGCGAAAAAGACGGCCCAGUCACUGCUUUACACCCUGGGAGCCGCAUUCAUUGGUUCCAUAUGCUACAGAGAUUCCGCGGCGAAGACUUUGACUAUACGCAUUGGACCAAUAAUAGCUUCGGCUAUUUGGGCAACGGCUACUCUUUGUGGGAAGGGCCUGGGCAGAAUUCUACUUGGUAUUUGGAUGAACCAGAUAGAAUGAUAUGA